AUGCGCUCACCGGCUCCAGACCUCCCGCGCGCCGGCUCCAUCUGGCGCCCCGCCCGCGUCCGGGUGCUCCGUCCCGCCGGCUCCAUCCGGCUGCGCCUCCCGAGCAGCCGGCUCCGCGCGACCCGGCCGCGCCCGGCCUCCUCCGACUUCGCGCUCGUGCCCGUGCCUACUCCGGGCGGCCGGCUCCGCCCGCCUGCCGGCCUGCCGGCUUUGCCCCACGCCGGCUUCUCCGCAACGCGGAGGCCGGCUUCUGCCGCAGUCCAAGACACCGGCUGCGCCUCCCGAGCAACCGGCUCCGCGCGACCCGGCCGCGCCCGGCCUCCUCCGACUUCGCGCUUGCACCCGCGCCUGCUCCAGUCGGUCUCACGCCUCCACCCGGCCUGCCGGCUCGUCUGCCGCGCCGGGUGCGAUAACCCCGGCACCCAUGUGCUCACCGGCUCCAGACCUCCCGCGCGCCGGCUGCUCUGCGCCCGCCUUCGCCCGUUGCCGACUACUCGUCUCCGAGUGCUCCGCGCCCGGUCCUGCCCGUCGCCGGCUCCGCGCCCGGCUCCGCCCGGCCCAGCUGCGCCUCGCGCCCUUGGCCGUUCGGCUGCUCCGCCUCGACCGUCCGCGUGCCGGCUGGCCAAGGCCGGCUCUGGCCCCCGCACGCGCACUCGCCCGCUCGCCGCCCGCGUCCGCUCUGCCGACCGUCUCCGCGCCGUCAGGCCUCCUCCGCCCUCGCUUGUGGCUGGCUGCAGCACUGCCGGGCGUCCCGCCACCGGCUGCGGCCGGCCCGGCUGUUCGCGCUCGCACAUCCUUCCGGCGCCGGCUCCGGCUCGCCGCUCCGCCCGUCCGGCUCCCGCGCGCCGGCUUCAGAUGACCGGCUCGCCACCCCGCCUCCGGCCGCGCCCGGCGCCGCAGUCGGCCCCCGCUGCUCCCUGA